AUGCUUUCACACAAUACUGAUCAGCGCAGUUUAAGCAACCCGCAAAGUGACCGAUCUUUAAGUAGGAAUUCUAUUGACUCAUCUUCACAACAAUCUCUAGACUCGAAAGCCGCCUCUUUUCCAUCAUAUUGUUUGUUUGUUGCUUUUGUGGCCGUUAUUGCAUCGCUUGAAAAUGGAUGGAAUCUCGGAGUCACAAACAUUCCCGAACAAACUAUUAGGAAUUGUACAUCCGAACACCCACGUGUAAAAUCAAAUUUACCGAAUUGUCUUCCAAUGAACAAUUUUUUAUGGGGCUUUGCCACGGGAAGUUAUGCGCUUGGAGGCCUUAUUGGAGGCCUUCUUGCAGGCCAUUUUCAAACACUCUACGGAAGACGGAAUACUUUGGUGUUCAAUACCAUAACUUGGAUAUUCGGCGGCUUGUUACUAGGAACAGCACUUCAUCCCUUAAUGUUUGUAGCUGGUCGCAUCUUAACUGGUAUUGGAAGUGGUAUUGGAUCAGUAGCUGCUCCGACAUAUAUAGGUGAAAUAGCAACCAUAAAAUCACGUGGGGCCAUAGGAACAAUUUAUCAAUUAUUCAUAGUAAUUGGUAUCUUAAUAUCACAAUUACUCGGUCUUGUGCUUUCAUUCGUUCCAGAAGCAAAGGAUGCUUUGCAAAAAUUAAGAAAUGGGUAUAAUGUUGAAAAUGAAUUUCGGGAGAUUGUUGGAGGUCAGACUACACAAUCUAAUGGAAAGCAUGUGGAAAGUGACAUGAACGAAAAUUCAAAUAUCGGCAUGUCAUCUGCUGCUGAAGGUGUAGAAAUAGUAGCUACGCCAAAAAUUCAGAAUGCCAGAGGGUUUAUACAGAUUUUACGAGACACACGUUGUCGAAGGAUGCUUUUAAUUUGCGUCGGACUUAAUAUGAUGCAACAAUUGUGUGGUAUCAACGGAAUCAUUCUUUACAGUACCGCUAUAUUCCUUCAAAUUUUUGGUCGUGGAGCCAAAUAUGCAACUCUUGGAGUUGGAAUAGUUAACUUGUUGAUGACAUUAAUCUCUGCUUACUUGGUAGAUAAAAAAGGUCGAAAACCUUUAUUAUUUACUUCAUUUAUUGGAAUGUGCGUUUCAUCGAUUUUUGUAGUAAUUGGAUCUUUGUAUCACGAUAAUGUUUUGGUGAUUGUUGCUGUUUUGUUAUUUAUUUCUUCUUUUGCUAUUGGGAUUGGUCCAAUAGCAUUCCUUAUUACACCAGAGGUACUACCAACACAUUGCGUAAGUUCCGGUGGUUCGAUAUGCUUAGGAAUAAACUGGCUCUGUAAUUUCUUGAUCAUUCUAAUAUUUCCGGUACUCCAACAAUCUCUUGGAGGAUACACUUUUAUUGUUUUUGCUAUUAUUUCAGGAAUUUCAGCAAUUGCAACUUUAAUGUUUUUUCCUGAGGCAU